AUGCAAUUUGUACAUGGAUUUUGUAAUUUUUCUUGCAGAAGUAUACAUAAUAUGUUAGUGAUAGAUUUCUUGUACAAAAUGCGACCUUACUUGAAGAAAUAUGUCGAAGAUUUUUAUCCUUCAGAUAUUGAUGAAAAGCCACCAAGUUGCAUUCAGGAAUUGAAGGAGAAUUUCUGGUGGACAAUAAACAAGCAGCGCGAAUAUUCUAGUAUAAGUAAGAGUACAAAAGAUGAAGUGAUUCAAAUGUUUGACGAAAUGAAGCGCAAAUUGACUGAAUUAUUCUCUCAAGGAUCGUGGAGCAGUGAAGAUGACAAACAGAAAGCUAUUUCAACGGUUUCCAAUAUGAAAGUAGCAAUAAUGGAUUCAGAAUCCUUGAGUGAGGAAUACAAAGGCCGCGAUAAAAUACUCGAAGUACGUUCCUCAAGUGUAACACUAAAUAUUUUAUUAUUGCUUAACUUAAUGAUCAAUGACUCAGCUAAAUAA